CACUGAAGACUGAUUCAUAAACAUGUUCGGCUCUGUGUUGUGUAUCGCUGCAUUGUUAACUCUCAUUGAAGCACAUGUUUCAGUGAAGAAAAGUGAAAGAAUUCAACCAUUGUCCGAUGAAAUGAUCUCGUAUAUCAAUCAACAUCCAGACGCUGGAUGGAAAGCUGAAAAAAGCACACGUUUCCUAUCAUUGGAUGAUGCACGUAUGAUGAUGGGUGCAAGAAAAGAGGAUCCAGUGUUGCGAAACAAGAAACGUCCAACAGUCGAUCAUAGUGAUUGGAAUGUGGAAAUUCCAUCGAGUUUCGACUCACGAAAGGAAUGGCCUCGUUGUAAGAGUAUCUCGAUGAUACGUGAUCAGUCACGAUGUGGAUCAUGUUGGGCAUUUGGAGCAGUAGAAGCAAUCAGUGAUCGUAUCUGCAUACAAUCACAUGGAAAACAAUCUGUGGAACUGAGUGCUCUUGAUGUAAUAAGCUGUUGUCCUGACUGUGGAUUUGGUUGUGAAGGUGGUUUUCCUGGUCCCGCUUGGGAUUUUUGGGUGGAUGAAGGCAUUGUCACUGGUAGUUCUAAAGAGAAUCACACUGGCUGUCAACCAUAUCCAUUCCCUAAAUGUGAACAUCAUAGUAAAGGAAAAUAUCCUGCAUGUGGUGCGAAAACCUACAAAACUCCUCAAUGUAAACACACUUGUCAGAAAAGUUAUAAAAUCCCUUACAUGAAAGAUAAACAUAGUGGUAAAUUCUCUUACAAUGUUCUUCCUCACGAAAAAGCUAUUCAAAAAGAUAUUAUGAAAUAUGGACCAGUCGAAGCAGUAUUUGUUGUUUAUGCAGAUUUUUUAAAUUAUAAAUCUGGAAUUUAUAAAAAUAUGACUGAUAAAGUUGUUGGUGCACAUGCUAUUCGUAUAAUUGGAUGGGGUGUUGAAAAGAAAACCCCAUAUUGGUUGAUUGCUAAUUCAUGGAAUGAAGAUUGGGGUGAGAAUGGUUAUUUCCGAAUAGUACGUGGA